AUGCUCAAGGACCUCUUGCCUCGCAUCCUUCUCUUCGGAAGGAAGGUGCCAAAGGCCAUUCCAGUCGUCGCCGAUGCCAUGGCCUUCAUCGUUGCGGUGCCCACGCAGCUUUGGGACAGUGGGGUUGGCAAGAAUGGCCCUGAGGCCAAUGCCUCCUCCGUGGUGCAGGCCUGCCUGGAGGCCCUCGGCGACAGCCACGAGCAGCCGCCCGCCGACGCACUGGCGUGCGUGGCGCAGGUCUUGGCUAGCUUGCUGCACCGACGGCAGCAGGUCGUUACCGCAAUUGGACCCGCCGGGGCCGAGUCCCUCCUGGUGAAACUGAACAGGUGGUCCCUGCAGAGCAUCGACGCUAACGUCGAGCCGUUAGCCCGUGGCUACCGCACCUUCUGCAUGGGAUCGGCUGCUCCAGCACCGGAGGGCCUGGGUGGGCCGCUGUUGCCGCCGCCCGCCUGGCUUACCCCAGUGAUGGUUUGCGCGCACCAACUUCUCAUCUCCGUGGACCUGGUCCAACUUCGCCAGGGAAGGGAAUCGUUGAGCAACGAGGUGCAGAAGAGCUGGGUCACAGGGGUGCUGGACAUUCUGUACGCUUUCCCAGGAGCCGAGCCAGGCCUCGCUUUGGCGUCCAUCCAACUUCUCCUGAGGCUUUGCUCCGCCCAGAUCGGGGCCCACGCCUUCCUGGAGUACCAGCCGAGGCUCUCCCUGGAUGCGGAUGGCAAGCUGAAGGUCCCCUCUGAGACAGCGGGCGGCAUGAUCGUCCUGCUGCGGUUGGCGCGGAAGACGAUUUUUACCGGCAUGCUGCAGAUGGUCGCGGACCUUGCGGUCACCCUCAUGGAAGAGGGCCCGGCGCUGCAAGCAAGGAUGGAGACUGAGAUCCUGGGCCUCUUCUCACAGCAGGUGAAAACGCUUCCCAUCAAGCAAAUUGCGAGCCGACUGAACCCACUGUUCAUCCGCAACCCAGACAUCUUCGGAGAGGCCUUGAAGGCCGUAACUCAGAAAGCACAGUCCUCGGACCAGAGCUCCAUCGUCCUGGAGCCCCUGCCGGAAUCGGAGAGGUCGAAGCAAAAGCCGGCGCCCCACCCGGGGGCCCUGGUGAUGCUGCAGACCCUUGUGGCAGAGAUCUGCUUCAACCUCGAGCUCCAGCACAGCACCGCCUUCCCAAAGAUCUUCGACGCCUCCAAGCGCCCAGAGCCGGAGGACGCAGCCAAGGGCGAGAAGGGCAAGAAGGACGAGAAGAAGAAGGAGAAGGAGGACAAAGAGGAGGAGAAGGAACAGGCAAGCAAAGAGUCGAAGGAGGAGGCAGGUAAGGAGCCGUCGAAACUCCCGCCGCUCUUCCCGCUGGCCUUGGACUCCAAUGCCCUGCUCUUCGUUCUGGACGCGCUGGUGUCGCGUGUGCCUGGUAUGAGCGCACUCACCAUGAAGCCGGCCCUACCCCUGGGCACCAAUCCCAGUAGCCUGCCGGAGAAUUCCCUGGUGGUUCCAGACCGGCAAGACAAAGCUCCCCCAAAGAGCCUGCUGCUGAUGAUGACGAGGCACCUGAUGCCACGCUUCGCCCAGCUGGCAGACGUCUGGCAGGAGCAGAUCCAGCCGCUGAGUCACAGCCAGAGGAUGCACUUGACCCACACCGGCGCCAUCAUCCCAAUGCAGAAGUGCAUGCCGCACCUGGCCACCACCCUGGCCUCCACGGCGCGGCUCUGCGUGGAGCCCCGUCGGGCUUUGGCCUCGGAGGUGGUGCUCAGCACGAAAGCCCUGGCGGAGACGGAGAAGUCGGAGAAGUCGCAGAGCCUCUCCUUUAGCACCGAGGUGGCCGCUGUCUGCGGUCUCGUGGCCCGGCUCUUGGGCGCAGCGGCCGCUGCGGACCGCAAGGAGGACAAGGAGGACGAGGAGGCCCAGAGCCGUCCAGGCACCUCGGAUGCCAAAGACAGUCAGAGGAAAGCCAAAGGCAAGAAGGAAUCAAGCGUCUUCUGCAACCAGAGCGAGACGCAGGCGCUCCGCGAAUCCUUGGUCGCGAUACUGCUGCGAACGGACCUCCAAUGCACGGUGGUCAUGGCCGUGGCCACGGGCAUCGUGAAGUGCCUGGAGUUUCUGACGCGCCGUGAGACAAAGAAGAGCGGCGCCCAGGGGCCACUGCCCGAGCCGGAAGAGGCAGUUGUUCCCAGCGCGGCAGAGUUUGCCGUUGAGUUCAGCGUACCCGAUGGCGCAGCGCACGACGAGCUCGAUAGAGAUGAGGAUGAGGAAGACGAUGAAGAGGAGGAAGAUGAUGACGACCUCGCCGAGGAGGAGGAUGAGGAGGCCAUGGCGGGAAUAGAUGGCGGGCACCUGCCCGAACAUGAAGACUUUGCUGAUGACGACUACGAUGCGGAGUUCGACGAGGACUACGGCGAGGACGACGCCAUGGACUUCGACCGUGAGGGCGACGACAUGCUCCAUGGCGAUGAUGGGGCGGAACCCAACCUAGCUACCAUCCUCAACAAUGCCAUCCACGUGAUCGAUCAGCAAGUCCAAGGCUUCAACCCUGACCAGAUGACCAUGCAGAUGAACUUUUCACCGGACCUGGGAGACGGGCCGCCUCGCCGGGCCCCGCCGCGUGCUGGGCGGGGUGCCAUGGACUUCCUCGGGGUCACCGUGGGCACCGGCUGGAGCGAGCCGGGAGACCUGGAUCUGCCCGGGGAGCACCCGAUGCUUCGCCGCGAGCAUCAGAGCCACGCGCAGCCGCUGCAGCAAAUGCCGCAGCUUGCUGGCUUCCAGAUGCCCGGUGCAUCGGGAGUCGUGGACAUGAGCCGGAUGGUGCAGCUGGUUCCGGGGCCGGACGCUUUCCGCCAGAUCUUCGCAGGCUCUGGGCCCACAGGAGGGGCUGCCGGUAUCAUCGGUGGCCCUGGCGGGGCGCAGAUCGUGAUCACGAGCAGCAGCAAUCUCCUGCCACCGGGGUCGGCAGGCAUGGGUGGAGCCGCCGGCGCGCUGAGACCGCCAGGAGAUUACCAGGAGACCACCAGGAGACCACCAGCAGACCACCAGGAUGCAGGACAUCACCAAGAGACCGCCGAGAUCACCAGCAACGUGAUACAAGCAAAAGACAAUGGAAGUGCCAUGCUGCUACCGUGUUUAGAGCAUGGUGAUGUGCGCAGCACCUAUGCAAGUAUGCAUAGGCUGUCGGACGAGCUCCGCACCGCUCCGGCGGAGUCCAAGGAGGCGCCCGCCACCGAGGCCAGCGAGCAGGCGCCAGCGCCGGAAGCACCCGCAGCCGAGCCUCCGGUUGAGACUACGCCGACCACGGCGGCUGAAGGCGAAGCGGCCCCGGAGCAUCCGCCGGCCGCCGACGUCCCUGAGCAGGUGCCUGCGGCGGACGUCGUGGACGAAGCUUCCGAGCUCCUGGCCCGCCUGAAUGCCGAGGAGGCCGCUGAGCAAGUCCAAGCAGCUGACGCCGAGCCGCAGGCCGAGGAGCCCGCUGAAGGCGGCGAGGCGCACGCUGCCGAAGCCGUCCCUGCAGAGGAGGACCCAGCCGCAGCACUCGGCAUCGCUGAGCUGGAGAGGCUUGCUUCCAGCCUGGGCUGCACCCAGACGGCGCUGUUACAGGCGGCAGAGAUUGACGCCUCUGUCGUAGCUGAGCUCCCUGAGGACAUGCGCGGCGCCGUCGUCAUGGCUACCCUGUCACAGGUCAACGUGGACCACCUCCGCGCGCGCAACUCGCCGGCUCCGGGCCCCGGGGCGCCGCCGGAGUCAGGAGGCUUUGAUGAGAUUGAUGCCUCGGUCCUGGAGGCUCUGCCUCCCGAGAUCCGCGAGGAGGUGAUGAGGGAGGAGGAGCGCCGGCGCCGGGAGCAGGAGAGAGCCCAGAGAGCGGCAGAGACGGCCGCAGCGCAGACGCCCCAGGCUCCUGCUGGGGCCGGUGUCGGCAUGAGUGGUGACAUGGACAAUGCGUCCUUCAUCGCAUCGCUCGACCCAAUGCUGCGCGAGGAAGUUCUCAUGACCGCACCGGAGGAAGUGCUACAGACGUUGCCGGCCGAGCUGGUUGCAGAGGCGCAGAUGAUCCGUGAUCGCGCCUUCAUGCGCAUCGCAAGCCACCGCGAGGGGCCCCCUCCAGCGCAACCGCCUCCGCCUGCGCGUGCUCCGCGGGUCCAGCCGCAGCCCUCGGCGCGGCCCCACCAAUACCUUCAGGCUAUGGAGCAGCAGCUCUCACAACUUGCAGGAGGUCGCAGGGCAUGGCUACAUGGCACGGACGGCCGCUUUCGACAGGCCAGCGACGACUUCAUGGCCCAACUGGGCCUGGCGCUGGGCGGCAGCCGCAGCCGGCAGGCUGCACCGUUAGUGGCCGCAACCAAUGCCGGAGUGGGAACGCCAGGGCUCGCGUCCUUCGACGAGGCUGACCGUGCGCUCCUCGAGCGCCUCGCGGACUACGACGAGGACGCGUGCCAGGGGUUGGAUCCGCCCUUGCCACCUUCGGCCAUCCCAAACGUGUGCCAGCUUCUGUACCUCCGGCAUGAGGUGACGGUGACUCCUCUCACGCGGCUCUUCUUCAACCUCUCCUUGCACCCGGCCACGCGCCAGUUCACCAUGGGGCAGUUCUUGGUGCUCCUCUGCAAGGAGCCUCAGGCGGUCGGAUGCAGGGAGCCUUCGCUUCCGCCUGCUCACCUCUACGAAGGCCUGGAAAACGGCCAGCUGCCGAUCUCCAAUUCCACGGAGGUGAAGGCUGUGGGCGCCCAGCGGGUCCUCCAGAUCUUGGCGUACCUGCUGAGACGCGUCCCGCAGUGCGGGGAGUUCUUUGCGAAGCCUCUGCAGAAGGAGUCGUGGCUGGAGGGUGAGGCGCCGCUAGUCAGUGGCGGCCACUUGUCCAGCCUCGUGGGGCACCACUCGGUGAACGUGCUGCUCCGGCUCCUCACAACGAAGCUGUUCCUCGUUUCCUCCCGGCACGCAGCCUGGCUGCUUGCCAUCCUCCAUGCGUUGCUGGUGCCCGUCAAGGACAAGAAGCCGGAGAAGCCAGAUGAUUCUCCUGCAGAGAAGGAGCAGGCCUCGGGAUCUCCUGACACGCCCGGUGACGACGAGGAGGGAAAGGUGAAGAAGGAAGUGCCUGCAGAGCAGCAGAUCCUGGAGCGCUGGUCAUCCAUCAACAAGAACAUGCACGCCGUGCUGUCCCAAGAGAGCGUACUGGCGUUGUGCCAUUUCCUUUGCCAAGCAGGAAGUGGCCACGGAUCCAGCGGCGAGGCGGACACCUUCCAGAUGGCGGGGGAGAUCCUCGUGGCCCUGGCGGCCUCGCAGGAGCACCUCACGAUGGUCCGGGCAGACCUGAUGAGGGUCCUUGCAGACCUCGUCACCAACAUCGAAGCUGACCUCGCCAAGUGUGAGCCCGGCUCAACGGAGCCCUCCACCAUGGAGACGCGGCUCCUACGCCUGGUGCGAACCCUCGCAGAGGUCUUUAAAGAGGCAGCGAAGGCGAGCCCGGAUCAGGAGCUGAAGAUCGAGGACUUCCUCCGGGAAGCUCGCUUGGAAGAUUUGUGGACCUCGCUGGAUCAGACCUUGGAUCGCCUGCACGACACGGAGGUGUUUGCCACGCCGGCGCAGCGCAUCCUUUCCACCGGGGUCGCCCCGUCGCAGCUGCGGAUCGAGAGCUCGGGCUCCACGAACAUGAGUGGUACCCUGCCCUCCAACGUUCAGACCACGCCGCCGAAGCCGCUGCUCAACAGGCUGCUCCCCUUGAUCGAGGCUUUCUUCGUGCUGCACAACGGCUCCAAAGAAGCUGACAUGGAAGCCAAGGAGCGGCAGAAGGACCAUGAGCAGGAGGGCGGUUCCUCCUCGAGCUGCCCGGGGAAGCAGGUCUUUGCGGAUCUUAUCGAGGUGACUCUGGUGGAAAGGAGUCGUUUCGGCCAGUUCUGCAAGCAGCACCGGCGCCCUCUGAACGCGUUGAUCAAGCAGACCCCCUCGCUGCUGAGCAAGUCCUUCUCGUCAGUGUUGAAGCACAUGCCGCACUGCCUGGACUUCGACAACAAGAGGGCCUACUUCCGAUCCCAACUCAGGUCGAGAAGGAUGGAGAGCCGCUAUGAGACCAUUCGACUUCGCGUGAGGCGGUCCGAGAUCUUCAUGGACUCGUACCACCAGUUGAGAAGCAGAACCGGCGAAGAGAUGCGGGCAAAGAUUCAGGUACAGUUCCAAGGAGAGGAAGGUAUCGAUGCCGGCGGCGUCGGGAAGGAAUGGUAUGGGGCUUUGGCCAAAGAGAUCUUCAACCCCAACUAUGCCCUCUUCGUCCAGGCCGGUGGAAAAGCUUGCACGUAUCACCCCAACCCAAUGUCGUACGUAACAAGAGAUCACCUCGAUUUCUUCCACUUCAUUGGGCGGGUGAUCGGAAAAGCGAUCCACGACGCCCAAAACCUGGAGGCCUGGUUUACCCGCGGCUUCUACAAGCACAUGCUGGGUAAAAAGGUCAUCGCUGCAGAUCUCGAGGCCUUCGACCCGGAAUACUUCUCCAACCUCAAGUGGAUGCUGGAGCACGACAUCACCGACAUCGUUGAGCUCUACUUCUGCGCGGAGAGCGACGAUUUUGGCCAGAUCAAGGUCGUCGACCUGAAGCCGAAUGGGCGGAGCAUUCCCGUGACCAACGACAACAAGUACGAGUACAUCCAGCUCAUGUCGGAGCACAAGAUGACAAACUCUGUCCGACAACAGAUCGAUGCCUUCCUGAAAGGCCUGCACGAGAUCGUUCCGCCCGAGCUGCUGUCCCUCUUUGAUGACAAGGAGCUCGAGCUUCUGAUUUCAGGGCUCCCAGACAUCGAUAUCGACGACCUCAAGGCCAACACCGAAUAUCACAACUACACCGCACAGUCAGACCAGAUCCAGUGGUUCUGGAAGGUGCUGAGCGAGUUCAGCCAGGAACAGCGCGCAUGGUUCCUUCAGUUCGCGACCGGGACCUCCCGCGUGCCGGUCGAGGGCUUCAAGGGGCUCGUCGGAAUGCGUGGACCACAGAAGUUCUGCAUCCACCGGGCCUACGGUCCUGACCGCCUGCCUUCGGCCCCCCGGCUUAGGAGAAGGGGGUGGAUGUGCUUAGGGUAUACGAUGGUAUACGAUAUGGGGGGGUUCAGAGCUUUGGGGUGA